AUGAUGAUGAGAAAGAAGAAGGAAAAAGAAGACGUGCAGGGAAGAACCAGUCGGUGGCAUGCCGUCGCUUCUUUACAACUUUCACCCCGUGUUGUUUCCAUCGGCCCUCGUUUUCUUUUGAAUUUGUACAGUUCAGCAUGGAAAGCGUACAAAAAACGGCCUUCGAGACAGCUUUCGCCUUGUGGGGAGGAGCGUCGACCUCAUCGGGUACCGCACCUGCCUCGGCGCCUCAGCGCCAUCUGUCUCAGUUAUCGGUCUUUUAGUCCAGGUAGAAAUUUCCCAGAAAUCUGGUCGAGACUAG